CUCGGCCGUCAGUUGCCCACGACGCGUUCCUCGCAACGGUAGCAGCCGAGGAGCAAUCUCCUCCUGGCCAAAGCCGCCGCCUACUCGUGUUCGCCCCCGCACACAAAAAGAAAAGUUCGAGUUUUCCAGCGCGCAAGCGUCGCAGUCUCUAAAAAAUCGCGAAUUGCAGUGACUUUACCUUCGCUUUUCCCGUAUUUGUUUACUUUUUUUCGGGUGUUCGAAAAGGGAAAUGACCGACAGGCAGUGAUCAUCGUGUCCCGUUAUCCGGGAUGCAGUUCAUCAACGAGGAGCAGGGCGAUGCCGACCAGGUGGCGGCUGCGUAUCGAGCUCUGCUCGACUACUAUGCCAAUGCGCCCAGUGCAUCGGGACAUAUAGUGUCCCUGACCGCUGGUCCCUACAACGAAACGGGUUCGAAUGGAUCCUAUUUGGUGGGCACGAACAGUACCUCCUUCCCGGAGGAUUACUUCGCCACGGAGGCGUCGCUGUACUUUAGCACCAGCUCCUCCACCACAGCGAGUCCUGGAUCCUCCGGUGGUGGUGGCAGCACCACUGGGAUGCCCGUCUGGCUGAUUCCCAGCUACAGUGUCAUCCUGCUGUUCGCCGUUCUGGGCAAUCUCCUGGUCAUCUCGACGCUCGUCCAGAACCGUCGGAUGCGCACCAUCACGAACGUUUUCCUGCUCAAUCUGGCCAUCUCGGAUAUGCUUCUGGGUGUCCUCUGCAUGCCGGUCACCUUGGUGGGCACGCUCCUCCGGAACUUCAUCUUCGGCGAGUUCCUCUGCAAACUCUUCCAAUUCUCGCAAGCUGCCUCUGUGGCCGUGUCCUCGUGGACUUUGGUGGCCAUAUCCUGCGAGCGUUACUACGCCAUUUGCCAUCCACUCCGCUCUAGGUCCUGGCAGACGAUCAGCCACGCCUACAAGAUCAUCGGGUUCAUUUGGCUGGGCGGCAUCCUCUGCAUGACUCCCAUUGCGGUGUUCAGUCAAUUGAUACCCACCAGUCGACCAGGUUAUUGCAAGUGCCGGGAAACCUGGCCAGACCAGGGAUACGAGCUGUUCUACAACAUCCUGCUCGACUUCCUGCUGCUCGUCCUGCCGCUGCUCGUUCUCUGUGUGGCCUACAUCCUGAUUACAAGGACCCUCUACGUGGGCAUGGCCAAGGACAGCGGGCGGAUCCUGCAGCAGGCAGUGCCACUUUCCGCCGGAACAACUGGCGGCGGCGGCGGCGGCGGAGGAGGAGCCACAAAUCCGGGAACCAGCAGCAGCAGCAAUUGCAUCUUGGUCCUCACCGAAACGGCUGUCUAUAAUGAGAACAGCAACAACAACAACGGCAAUGCAGAGGGAUCUGCUGGCGGCGGCGCCAACAACACGGCAACGACAACUUUGACAACGAGAUCGGCGAAUCCAACUGUGAUCACCACAACAACUGUUACUCUGGCCAAGAACUCCUCGCCGAGCAUUCGAGUUCACGAUGCAGCACUUCGCAGAUCCAAUGAGGCCAAAACAUUGGAGAGCAAGAAGAGAGUGGUGAAGAUGCUGUUUGUCCUCGUGCUGGAGUUCUUCAUCUGCUGGACACCACUGUACGUGAUCAAUACGAUGACCAUGCUCAUUGGCCCAGUGGUCUAUGAGUACGUGGACUACACUGCAAUAAGUUUCCUGCAGCUGCUGGCCUACUCCUCCAGUUGCUGCAAUCCAAUCACCUACUGCUUCAUGAACGCCAGCUUUCGACGGGCAUUCGUGGACACCUUCAAGGGAUUGCCGUUUCGGCGAGGAGCGAAUGCCGCGGCAGCCGGACUCUCCGCCAGUCAGGCGGGUGUGGGAACCUAUCCGAAUGCCACCAACAUCAGCUUGAAUCCCGGCCUGGCCAUGGGAAUGGGCACUUGGCGGAGCAGAUCCCGUCACGAGCUCCUCAAUUCGGUGGUGCACACAAAUAAUAGCAAUGUUGCUGUCGACAGUCCGCAGCUUUAAGCUGUGGAUUCAAUAAAAUGGAUUCGAUUUAUCCAUGGAUCGGUGUAAAUAUGUAUGAUAACAAAAAGAAAAAAAAAAAAAGAAAAACAAUGUGUAUUUGAAUGUAUUUUUUUUUUGUGUAAGGCCAGAGUUAAUUAGUAUUUUUUUUACCUACUUGUGAUUUUGAUCGUACUCGUAAAAUAACUUGGUGUUUCAAUUGAACUUCCUAAGG